CCCCACUCAGGUACCAUUACUUUUUAGGUUUUUCUUUUUCAGGUUAAAUUUACACACCUUGAAAUUUACAUGCAGUUUAAAAUCUUUAAGUGAGGAGAUGUCAAUUUUUAUGAUUUCAACUGCCAGACUUUAUCAUGUGUAGUUAAUUUGUUGAAUAAGCUAGUCUUUCUCCUCUGAUUUAAAUAUAGUCUUAUGUUACGUUAAAAGCUAAUAUUUAAUUAGGUUACCUCUGUCUUUUGUAAUCAGAUUCAUUGGGGUCUACAUUACACUUGAGUUCGAUGAGUUCUGACAAAUGUGUGUACCAUUUCACCCCGGUCAAGGACACGGACCUCUUCCAUCACCCCAAAAGUUCCCGUGCCCUUCCUAUCCCCGCCCCCACCCGGCUCAGAGCCACUGACCUGCUUCCUGUGGCGGUAGAUUAAUGUUCGUGGAGGAUUAAUGUUCCUGGAGUCCCUCCCGUAGGAGGGAGCCAUGCCACACAGGGCUGGCUCUCGUCACUGUGUUUCACGUGGGUGGCCGUGCAGUGGGAUCACUGCUUUGUACGGCUGUCUCAUUUUCCGCUGUAAGGAUGGGCCACAUCUGUGUAUCGACCACCAGGGGAAGACAUUUGGACAUUCCAGGACAGGUCUGUGUGGAUGCACGUUUUUCUUUCUCCCAGUUAAAUACCUCGGAGAGGAGUUGCAGUCACGUGGUAAAUGCGUUUGGUUAUAAGACGUGGCCAAAUUCUUUUCCACAGUUGCCGUGCUGUUUGGGGAGCAUCCUAGUCAUUCUGUGCCAUGUUCUGGUUGCCCCACAGUAUACCACCUCUGGACGACAGCUGGCUGCUUCCGUCUCACUGUCAGAAGCCUGUAAUUCAGGCCCAGCCCGCUGUCCAUCUUCUGCCCCCGUGACUGACCAGGCCCCUGUCCUGCAGAUGGUGCAGUCGCUGGGUUUCGCCAUCUACCGUGCGCUGGACUGGGGGCUGGACGAGAGCGAGGAGCGGGAGCUCAGCCCUCAGCUGGAGCGGCUCAUCGACCUGAUGGCCAACAAUGACUGCGACGACGGCGGCAGUGGGGUGGCGGACGAGGGCUACGGGGGCCCGGAGGAGGAGGACGAGGCCGAGGGCGGCCCCCGGGCCGUGCGCACCUUCGCGCAGGCCAUGCGUCUGUGCGCCGCACGCCUGACCGACCCCCGGGGCGCACAGGCCCACUACCAGGCCGUGUGCCGUGCGCUCUUCGUGGAGACACUGGAGCUGCGGGCCUUCCUCGCCAGGGUCCGCGAGGCCAAGGAGAUGCUACAAAAGCUUCGGGAGGACGAGCCACAGGCAGAGAGGCCCCUGGCGGAGCUUGACAACCUGGGGCACACAGACUGGGCCCGACUCUGGGUCCAGCUCAUGCGGGAGCUCCGCCAUGGAGUGAAGCUGAAGAAGGUGCAGGAGCAGGAGUUCAACCCGCUGCCCACCGAGUUCCAGCUCACGCCCUUCGAGAUGCUCAUGCAGGACAUUCGUGCCAGGAAUUACAAACUGCGCAAGGUCAUGGUCGAUGGGGACAUUCCUCCCAGGGUGAAGAAGGACGCCCACGAACUCAUCCUGGACUUCAUCCGCUCCCGGCCUCCCCUGAAGCAGGUCUCGGAGAGAAGGCUCCGCCCACUACCCCAGAGACCGAGGACCCUGCACGAGAGGAUGCUGGAGGAAGUCAAGCAGGAGCGCAGGCUGCGCCCUGUGGGGGGGUUUGGCUCUCUGCCCUGCAUCCUCAACGCCUGCUCUGGGGACCUCAAGUCCACCUCCUGCAUCAACCUGUCCACUACGGAUGCGGGGGGCAGCACCCAACGCCCACGGCCCCGAGUCCUGCUCAAGGCACCCACCUUGGCAGAGAUGGAGGAGAUGAACACGUCUGAGGAGGAAGAGUCUCCAUGUGGGGAGGUGACACUGAAGCGGGACCGCUCCUUCUCAGAGCAUGACCUUGUCCAGCUCCGGAAUGAAGUGGCCUCUGGUCUGCAGCCUGCCACUCAUGCCCUAGGAGGCUUGGAGCCAUCUCGGGCCCGCGCAGGCAGCAUGAAGUCCUGCAGGCCGAGCCCGCAGGAACAGGGUUCCUUCUCUGUGAGCGUCCAGUCCCAGCCUGACCCCAGCUCCUCCCGACCCAGUGACCUGGGCACAGCUGAGAACAGGCCAGAGGCCUCUGCGGCCCCAGAUGCCAAUCACCUGUGGCUGGAGUUCAGCCACCCCGUGGAGAGCCUCGCUCUGACCGUGGAGGAAGUGAUGGGCGUGCGCCGCGUGCUGGUGAAGGCUGAGAUGGAGAAGUUCCAGCAGGACAAGGAGCUCUUCAGCAGCCUGAAGAAGGGGAAGAUUUGCUGCUGCUGCCGAACCAAAUUCUCGCUGUUCUCCUGGCCGCCCACCUGUCUCUUUUGCAAGAGAGCGGUCUGCACUUCCUGUAGCAUAAAGAUGAAGACGCCUUCUAAGAAGUUUGCACACAUCCCCGUCUAUACGCUGGGCUUUGAGAGUCCUCAGAGGGCGUCAACUGCCAAAACCACGACCACACAGAGAAGAGACGUCUUCCAGUCCUUGCAGGGGUCUCACUGGUCAAGUGUGGAGGCGGCGUUCCCGCACAUCUACGCCCACGGCUGCGUCCUGAAGGACGUCUGCAGCGACUGCACAAGCUUCGUGGUGGACGUUGUGCGCUCCAGCCGCAAGAGCGUGGACGCUCUCAACACCACCCCUCGCCGUGCCCGCCAGACCCAGUCCCUCUACAUCCCUGACACCUGGACUCUAGACUUCAAGUGACAGCCCUUGGCCACCCCGGGCCAGCUGGGAAACUCCCCGUCCUGGGCACUGCGGCCGGCCUGCCAGCCCGCGAGUGUGCAUGUACAUAUAUACAUACGCAGAUAGUUUUCUGUAAUAUACACACAGCCUAUAUAUUUAUACGCGUGCUUCCAGCCCCAUGGUCCGCUUGGGGUCAGGCUUACUUCCAGGACUCUCCCUGGGAGGCUGUUUCCUCUGAGGAUUCCUUGGGUGGGGUGGGGACAAGACAGGAUGGGAAGGGCAGUUGGAGGUAGGGCAGAGGAUGCUGGGGCUCAGGGGACACCCUGCCCCAUGUUUGUUCUCUUCAUCCCCUCCCUGGGUAGACACUUCUGGACCCACCUAGGGAGCCUGAGUGAACUGAGAUUCUCCCAAGCAGGUGCCUGAGACACAUGCCCUUGUGGGGGUUGGGGGGGGGUGCAGGUCGGAGGCCACACUCACUUCCUGCCUGACAUCCAUGCCCUGCAGUACUGGGAGGAGCCCUGUCAGUUUGUAUUCACUGCCACUCUUGGCCUAAUAAAGGUGGUUUCAGUGUCUGGCC